UAUUCGCUAGCCUAACUCCUCGUCCAUGACGUAGCCAAUUUAUGCCCCUCCAAACAACCUCGACCUUCACUGCCAAGUACCAUCAAAGCUUAUGUCGCAUCCCUACCUCAUCAAAAUCCAAUCUACAACUCUCUAGACAUAAUCCAAGAUGGGCUACGAUCAGUCAGGCGUCACCCGCUCUCUUAACACCAUUCAGAAUGAGCUACAAUACCUAGCGUCACAAGGUGUCAUUGCUCCUCCACAACUGCAAUCGAUCCAAGCACAACUGCCACGACCUGAUGGCCAGCCAGCCCAAUACAUCGACCCGCGCUAUGUCAACGGCAACCAGCAAUUCAAUCCGGCACUGAUCGCCCAGCAAGCACAGGACCCUAACAACCCUGCGCAUCCGCAGAACCCGAAGCAUCACGAGUGGGCUGGCAAGCUGGCGCACAAGUUUGGCAAUGCGGCCGUGUACGGUGCUGGAGCAACGUUUGGUGCUGAUUUAGUGAACGAUGUCAUGAGAAAGUUUUAGAGGCUUUAACGAGGACUUAGGUAAGAAACGAAAUGUAGAAUCGAAUUACGACUGGAUUGGGUAUAAAACUUUGGUAACGCAUCUACUCUUUGCUCAAUAUGAUUUCCUGCCUUGGAAGUAGUUGCAGCCACCAUCUGCGCGACUAAAAUGGCUUCCAUCGAAACGAAUUACCUUCUCUGCUGCUGUGGGAUCGGCCCUUGUACUGAUGU